AUGGGACGCUUCUUCGGUGUCGGCCGUGAUGUUAUUGUUGAACGAACGCCUUCGCCAGAUCCGCAUCUUCACCAGCCAGGCUGGGACUACUCUCCUCCUUUAAGCCCUCCACCGCCUAUUAGCCAGGGGAUGCUCCCCCAAAGCGCAAAUUGCCCAACCGGCAUUCCGUCUUCAUUGCAUAACCGAUACCCUGUCCCUGAUCCGCAAUCUUGGGUCUCAGGCACCUCCAAGAAGAUGUGUACAUCCAAACAUACACAACACGGGACGACCCUGUCCUGGAUCACCAGUCCGUUUCGACGGGGUCCCCCGGACUACCAGCGAUUUGUGCUCAAUAUCGACGGAUUGAAGUGCGGCUGCUGCGAGACGGGCAUAGCGAGGGCUGUCAGUCGUAUCUCUGCCAUUCGCGAUCACCAGGUCAACGUGGUCCUGGCCCGACUGGAGAUAGAUCUGGACAUCAACCAAGUCACGAUCGACAUUGUACUCCAAAAGCUGAAUACGGCGACCGGUUAUACCUUCGAACAGAACACCGGGCCGAGCGAUCAAGUUUUGGAGCUUGUUCAUCCUGAAGCUCGUGCCUUCGAUCGCAAAGAUUUACCAACCGGCAUCACCUCAUCUCUGAAAAUGCGUGUUCACUACGAUGCAACAAAAAUUGGCGCUCGCGAGGUGUUUGAGUUCUAUAGAUCCGGGUACGAAGACAUGACGCUUGCACCACCACCGACACAUUCGAGCCUCCAGCUUGGCGCAAAGCAAUCGAGGCGAGCAUUACUCUGGCUACUUCCUGCACUCAUCCUCACAGUUCCUGUUUUGGUGUUUGCGUGGGCGCCUGUGAAUCAUGAGAAUCUUGCAUACGCCCAUGCCUCGGUCGCACUGGCUUCCGUGGUCCAGGUAAUUGCUUGGAUCGAGUUCCUGCCAAGUGCGGUCAGAUCGCUGUGGUAUUCUCGAAUGCUUGACAUGGACCUCCUCAUCACGUUCAGUACCACAACUGCAUACGUUUUCAGCGUUGUGCUUCAUGCAUUUCGACUCAUCGGCAAGCCUUUGGAUACCGAAUCUUUCUUCGAAACAUCCACCUUGCUGGUGACACUGAUCCUCUUUGGCCGAGUCAUCAACGAGUUUGCCCGUUACCGAGCAGCAAAAGCGGUUUCCUUUCGAUCUUUGCAAAUCGACAAAGCGCUUCUAAUCCAAAAGUCCCACGAAAGACAGCCCGAUCCUCCGACUCAAGAGAUCGAUGCCCGCCUGUUGCAGUACGGGGACAGCUUCAAGGUACCUCCGCACACGCGUAUUGUCACCGAUGGUUCCGUAUACUACGGCGGAUCAGAAGUCGAUGAGUCCAUGCUCACGGGCGAAUCAAUGCCAGUCGCAAAAAGUGUACAAUCCGAAGUCUAUGCCGGUACCAUGAACGGUAACGGGAUGCUCCUUGUUACACUUAAAUCGCUCCCGCACGAGAACACGGUCCACAAGAUCGCGGCGAUGGUAGAAGACGCAGAGUUGACGCAACCAAAGAUACAAGCUCUAGCCGAUCGCAUUGCUGGAUGGUUUGUGCCUGUCAUUGCAGCCAUCGGAUCUCUUGUCUUUCUGAUAUGGCUUCUCGUCGGCCGAUUCUACAACAAGCGCGGCUGGUCUGACGUCGUCGUCAGAGCUAUCACGUACGCCAUCGCGACAUUGAUCGUCUCCUGCCCUUGCGCUAUUGGCCUUGCUGUACCGAUGGUAGUCCUUAUCGCUGGCGGUGUCGCAGCACGGUAUGGCAUCAUCUUCAGAGACCCACAAAAGCUCGAAGUUGCACGUGGCGUGACCGAUGUCAUCUUCGAUAAGACUGGCACACUCACAACAGGUUUCUUUUCAGUCAUGAGCGCAGAGUAUCACGGCGCCAAGGAACCAGAGCUCAUCAAGCGAAUCCUCCUAGGUCUUUUACGAGACAACAAACACCCUGUAUCGUUAGGAGUCUACCACUUCCUCACCAAGGAGAAUCGUGUCAGUGAUGAGGCAGAACUCAAGCCCGCUGAGGUGUACAGCGUCUUCAGCACGCCCGGCUGCGGCAUCGUUGGUCUCACACGGGCCGAAAAGUGGGAAGUUUGCGCCGGCAGCCCCGACUGGCUUGAGCACCACAUCGAAGAUGCCAACUACAGCUACCUCUGCGUCACUGUCCAAGGCGAGCUCUCUGCCGUCUUCAAACUCCGCGACACCCACAAGCACAACGCCGGCAGAGUCAUCGAAGCCCUGCAAAAGCGCCACAUCACCGUUCACAUGAUCAGCGGCGACUCGCAAGGCUCAGUCGACGCCGUCGCACACGACCUAAACAUACCCAAGCGCUACACAAAGAGCCGCUGCAAACCAGAGGGAAAACAAAAGUACAUCCAGGACCUCCAAGAAACGCAGUGGAGGAACAGAAACAGAACCGUCCUCUUCAUCGGCGACGGCACAAACGACGCCGUUGCGCUCAAACAGGCAGAUGUCGGCGUGCACAUGCACUCCCCCCACUCCUCCUCAGAUGUCGCCAAGCAAGCUGCCGACGUGGUCCUCAUGACCGAGCGCCUUGCCGAUGUACUCAUCCUCCUCGACAUCUCGCGCGGCGCGUACAGACGCAUCAUCGCGAACUUUGUGUGGAGUGCGAUUUACAACCUCGCCGCUGUGCUGCUUGCUGCGGGUGCAUUUGCGGGCAUCAAGCGCGGUGGCAGAGAGGUCAAGAUUCCGCCGCAGUGGGCGGGGCUGGGAGAGCUUGUUAGCGUGUUGCCUGUGGUCGUUAUUGCGUUUCAGAUGCGCUGGAGGGAUUAUGGGGGAAGGUUUAAGGAGUUUGAUGUUCGGGAGGACUCAACGUCACGAGGAAGGGUCGUUGCUACUUGAGUAGCUGCCUGUAGCUCGAAUAUGGCAAAGACCACUUUUUAUGUGGUAAGAAUCUUAGAAGAAAUUAGAG